AUGACCCGUUUCCGACCUUGUAUCGACCUGCACGCCGGCCAGGUCAAACAGAUCGUCGGCGGCACGUUGAGUGGCCAGGAAUCCGACUUGCAAACAAACUACAUCUCUUCACACCCGGCAGGGUAUUUUGCAAGACUCUACCGCGAUUCAAAUCUGCUAGGUGCCCAUGUCAUCAUGCUCGGACCCGGGAAUGAGGCUGCUGCUAAGGAAGCUCUUGCAGCGUGGCCUAGCCAUCUCCAAGUAGGGGGGGGCAUUACCGAUGCCAAUGCGAAAGAAUGGAUAGAUGCCGGGGCUGAAAGGGUCAUAAUUACUUCUUUUCUUUUCCCUAACGGGCGAUUUUCCCUGGAGAGGUUGAAAUCAGUCCUCUUGUCCUUGGGGAACGACACGUCCAAGCUCGUCAUCGAUCUCAGUUGUAGACGCCAAGACAACACCUGGUUCGUGGCUAUGAAUAAAUGGCAGACAAUCACGGAGAUGGAGAUCACAAAAGAAAAUAUCGAGAUGCUGGAACCAUAUUGCUCAGAAUUCCUCAUCCACGCAGCUGAUAACGAGGGCCUACAGCAAGGCAUCGACACCGAUCUCGUUGCCAAAUUAGCUGAAUGGUGCAGGAUACCCGUAACCUACGCCGGCGGCGCACGUACAGUGGAAGACCUCGACCUCGUCAGGAGAUGUAGUAACGGUCAAAUCGACUUGACCAUUGGUAGUGCUUUAGAUGUACUUGGGGGAAGCGGAGCAAAGUUUGAAGACUGUGUGAGGUGGAAUAUUGAGAAUUCAAGUUGA